UAGGAUUCCGUCAAGUAUUAGCAUAUAUUAGUAUAGUUUAUAACAUCUAUUAUAAUUACAGCGCUAAAAGUAUCGUAUAUAAUGACAUUAUCUCCUAAAAAAUACGUUUCGAAUUUCACAACUUGCACGGUGCAAAGGGGAGUUGAGGCUAAAGAUAUUGAAUUAGGAGCAACAAAUCUUGAGCUGGACAUGUCGAACUCGACGCACUUCCCCGCGGAGAGCAGCGCCGGGUCGGCGGCGUGCGGGGCGGGGGCUGCGGGGAGUGCGGCCGUCGCAGGCGACGAGACCGGCUCCUACCUUCAGGUGGUCGUGGAAAAGCACCGUCGCAAGCGGUCGCCGGUUCGCACCGCCGCCGCUGCGCAGACCUCGCCGCGUCUUCCUACCGCCUCCAGCCCCCUUGCGCACAACCAGUGCGGACAGGGUCAAGUGGGCGGCGGCUCACGCGGCGUGUACGUGUUGCCGCACUCAGUGUUGCUGGCGUGCCCCUCCGGCUCGCCCAUGUGCCCCGCACUGCAAGCGCAUACAUAUUACGCGCGCGGGGCAGCCGGCGGGCCCGCGCUUACGGACGCGGCCACGGCCGUGCGCAGCUACGCAACGCCGGACCAACGUGAACAGUGCGCCGGCGACGCAGCCUAUGUGCCAUCCAACCAAUUACAGAAAGAAAAUAAGACGUGGAGGAUAUUUAGAGACAUUGGCACGGACAAACUAUGUGAAAACGAGCCGGACCGGGUGGAGGUUUACUACUUCGAGCACGGGACGAGUGAGUUCCUGGCGACGUGUUCGGGCGGGCGGCCCACCGCCGUGGAGCGCGUGGCGGGGCGCGGCGCGCGGCUGGCGGGCGCGCUGCUGGGCGAGCUGCUGGCCGCGCCGCAGCUGCUGCUGGCCGCGCCCGUGGCGCUGCUGCUGCACGUGCAGCGCUGCGGGCUCGUGGCGCUGCGCGGCGCGGCCACGGGGCUGCUGCAGACGACGUCGGACUACGCGCUCAAGCCGGCGCUGGCGCUGACGUUCAACGCGCUCCUGCAGCCGCUGCUGGUGUUCUGCGCCAACGUGGGGCGCGGCGUGCGCGAGGCGCUGCGGCCGCUGGCGGCUGCGCUGGGCGACCUGCUGGAGCCGGCCGCGCGCCUGCUGGCCAGCGCGCGCCUGGUGGACGUGCGCCUCGCCUGUCCGCUGCACGCCGCGCACGCGCAUCACGCGCAAGUCUAACGCCACACUACUAUCCCAUUAUUAGCAAAGAUGUUGAUGAUGGCCAAUUUGCUAUAAGUUUACUUCGUUUCUACAAACAUUGAUAUAAUUUUAUAACUAAAAAAAAAUGUAAUUAAAUGUAUUUAAUUUCAAUGUAGGUUCUUAAAAAACUUCCUCACCAAAAUGAAAGGUAUUUGCCCAGUAGUCAUGUUUUCGAGCUUAAAGAAACGACACAGUACUCUUAUAUUCUCAGCUGUUACAUUGGUGUGGUACGUGGUGGCACGUGGUAGCUACACGCGAAUUACUCUAGGAAUACUAAGGUUCUCGAUAUUGUUAUCCAUGUUUUGUAGAAAUGUGUCGCAUUUACAUGUUUGUAAAAAUCUAAUAAAAUAGCAAAAUUUACGUAUUCUGCUUUACUCUUUUCCCCUAUAUAUGUUUAAAAAAUUCAUUUCAAAUAGUAUAAUGUAUGUAUGUAUAUUGAUCCUGGCCGGUUUCCGCCACAGCGACUUGGAUCUGCGCUUAAUUUUGAGAGCUUCGCUAGUGUUCUCUUCAGUGACUGACAAACCCAAUCUUAGCAGUGAAUUACCUUUCAAAUAGUAUUCGGUGUGCAAAUCUGUGGAUAAUAAGUAUAAUUAGUCCCUCUGAUCCCAAACUAAGCACAAUCUUCACAACUGAUUUGUCAUAUUGUCAUGAUUUUUUAAUAUAUUUCUAUAAUUUUAAUUGAACUAAUAAUAUGUAUUACAACUUUAACUUCUAAAUACGUCUUUUUUAAGAAAAUAACUUUUAUUGGUAUGUUUAUCGAUAUCCUGCUGCCGCGCGCGCGCCUUUUUUUUGGUUGGACAGCACUUGGCGUUGCGGGAAGCUAGUACUUGCCGGCGCGGGAAAACUUGGUUAAUUUAAAAAACGUUAAAGAGACGGAUGGUUAUAGAGGAAGUAGGUAAUAUUUUCUAUGAAUUUAUAAGUAAUACAUAUGUAUAAAAGGAUUUACUAAUAUAUGAAAAACUAAAUUGGA